CGUGUACGGAUUAUAAUUUUAUUAAUGCUCUUCUUUUUGCGUGUACUGUGCUGGUUAACCUAUGUGGAAUAAAAUAGUGAAGUAGUUCAAGUAUCUUGUGUUUAUUAUUUGUAGUAUAAUUUUAAUAACUUGGACAAUAUGCCAACGAUAUCCGUUAAACGUGAUUCGCUAUUCACGGCACUUGGAAAGACUUACACUGAUGAUGAGUUCCAAGACCUAUGUUUUGAGUUUGGAUUAGAACUUGACGAAGUCACAACUGAGAAGCAGAUGUUAAUGAAAGAGCAAGGUGACCAGGCAGGGGCCGGUGUGUCAGAAGAAAUCCUCUACCGCAUAGACAUCCCUGCCAACAGAUAUGACCUUCUGUGCCUUGAGGGACUGGUCAAUGGUUUGCUGGUGUUCCAAAAAAAAAAAGAAUCACCUCAAUACCACUUGACGAAAUACGAGGACUGUCACUCGCUGCACCUGACGCCGAGCACCGCACAGAUCCGGCCUUACGCUGUGGCCGCCGUGCUCAAGGGCAUUCACUUCACCAAGGAGUCCUACGACAGCUUCAUUGACUUGCAGGACAAAUUGCACCAGAACAUCUGCCGCAAGCGAACUCUGGUGGCCAUCGGCACCCACGACCUGGACACCAUACAAGGGCCGUUCGUGUUCGACGCACUGCCACCAGCUGACAUCAAGUUCAAGCCACUCAACCAACAGAAGGAGAUGACAGCGACUGAGCUUAUGGAGUUGUAUUCCAGCCACCCGCAGCUGAAGCAGUAUCUACCCAUCAUCCGCGACAGCCCCGUCUACCCGGUCAUCAAGGACAAGAACGGCGUGGUCCUGUCCAUGCCGCCCAUCAUCAACGGAGACCACUCCAAGAUCACGCUCAACACGAACAACGUCUUCAUCGAGUGCACCGCCACGGACUUGACUAAGGCUAAAGUGGUACUGGACACCAUAGUGUGCAUGUUCGCUCCCUACUGCAAGUUCCAAGUGCAGCAGUGCAAGGUGUAUGCACCCGAUGGCACCUACGACCUCUACCCAAAGAUGGAGACGAGAGAAGAAAUCAUUAGUGUGGAUAAGGCAAAUAAUUAUAUUGGUAUCAGUGAGAGCGGCGACAAGCUAGCGGCGCUUCUAUCGUGCAUGUGUCUGAAAACGAAGCACGAACCCUCGCGAGGGCUGCUGCACGUCAGUGUGCCUCCUUUCCGCCACGACGUCAUCCACGCCUGCGACUUGUAUGAAGACGUCGCCAUCGCUUACGGGUACAACAACAUCCCGCGACGGGCGCUCAACGUGAGCACGGCGGGCGGCCAGACCGCGCUCAACAAGCUCACGGAGCAGCUGCGCCACGAGUGCGCGCACGCCGGCUACACCGAGGCGCUCACCUUCACCCUGUGUUCCCGAGAAGACAUCUCAACGAAACUCGGCGUCCCCAUCGAACAGACCCCAGCCGUCCACAUCUCCAACCCCAAGACCCUGGAGUUCCAGGUGGUCCGCACCCAACUCUUGCCUGGUCUGCUGAAGACUCUCGCCGCCAACAAGAAGAUGCCCCUCCCGCUCAAACUGUUCGAAAUCAGUGACGUUGUGUUACAAGACGCUGACGCUGAAACGGGUGCUCGUAACGAGAGAAGACUGUGCGCGGUACACUGUGGAAAAAGCGGCGGGUUCCAGUUCGUACACGGCCUGCUCGACCGCGCCAUGCUGCUGCUGCGCGUGGCGCACGGCCACGGCUACAGGCUGCGGCCCACGGAAGACCCAGCGUACUUCCCCGGGCGCUGCGCCGAAGUGGUACUUCACUCUACCGCGAUCGGCCGCAUCGGCGUGCUGCACCCCUCCGUGCUGGCCGCCUUCGACCUCUCCAACCCUUGCUCCGCACUAGAAAUUAACCUCGAGCCUUUCCUCUAAGGGCCACUUGCACCAUCCCACUAACCCGGGGUUAACCGGUUAAACCAUUAACCCAGUGUCAAAUUUUACUGGUAACCAUUUAACCGGUUAACCCCGGGAUAGUGGAAUGAUUCAAGUGGGCCUAAGGCGUCUACUACGUCUAGGUAACCAAGCUUCCGGCGAUCCGAUACAUUUGUAAAGUAAGGACCCUAAGCACGUAGUAAGAAUUUCGUACAUCGACCCGCCAUUACUUGUCUC